CUACCACAGACUAAUAAUCAUGUAGCUCAGGGCUUCUUUUCAACUUUUUGAAACAGUUUUUAGAUUUUCAUUUUUAAAAAGAUAGUUAUGUUUUAAGGGAAAAAGACAGCAUUCAUUUCGGUUUGGAGACUUGUUUCUGAGACUCGUCUUGAAUUCAGGGGAGUGCAUGAAGCAGCAGUUGUCUCCAUAUUAUGGACCUCUGAUCUUUUCACAUCAUCAACCAAGAAUGGGUAAACUACUAAGUCUUCUGGCACGAGAUGAGUCUACUUGCUGCUCCCCUCAAAAGUACGAUGUCUUCCUGGACUUUGAAAAUGCACAACCCACUGACAGCGAACGAGAAACAUUUGAAGAAGUUCAGCGGGUGUUAAAAAACUCAGAAUCAAUUUUGGAUGAAAUUCAGUGUUACAAAGGAGCAGGAAGAGAGAUUCGAGAAGCUAUUGCUAAUCCAACAGAUGAUUAUCAAACUAAAGCUUGGACUGCAGUCCUUCCUCUUGUGUCAAAACUGAAGCGGUUUUAUGAAUUUUCUCUAGAACUUGAGGCUGUUGUCCCAAAAAUACUGUACCAAUUGUGCUCGGGUCCCAUGGCACCUACACAGCACCUGGAAACCCAACAAGCACUCGUUAAACAAUUUGCUGAAAUUCUUGAAUUUGUUCUUAAAUUUGAUGAGCAUAAGAUGAAAACACCAGCCAUUCAAAACGACUUCAGCUAUUAUAGACGAACAUUGACCAGAGAGAGGAUGUCAAGCUUGUCUAGUUUGGCCAGCAAUGAAAGCAUCGAUGUGGAUGAAAGAGAGGUGUCCAAUGAGCUAGCCAACCACAUGUCCCUAUUUUAUGCACAUGCGACCCCAAUGUUGAGAACUCUGAGUGAAGCUACCACAAAAUUUGUUACUCAGAACUCUGAUAUACCCAUAGAAAACACAACAGAAACAUUGAGUACUAUGGCUAAAGUCUGUUUACGUAUGCUUGAAAGCCCGAACAUUAUUUCACAGUUCCAGAGGGAGGAAACACAGCUAUUUGUUUUGCGAGUUAUGGUUGGCCUGGUCAUUCUCUAUGACCAUGUGCACCCGAAUGGAGCCUUUGUGAAAGCAGCAAAUGUUGAUGUAAAGGGUUGUGUCAGAUAUCUUAAAGACCAACCUGCUGCUAGAUCUGAAGGUCUUCUGAAUGCCUUGAGGUACACCACCAAACAUCUGAAUGAAGAAGGCACACCAAAGAACAUAAAGAACCUUCUAGCAGUGUGAGAAAAGUUAAAUUUAUUUGAAUCAUUCACAAAGCAUUUCAUUUAUUUCAAAAUGAGCUUGCAUACACUUGCUCAUGUCAAAACAAGCUCUUCUUGCAUUUGAAAACUCCACAACUCACCUAUUCAGCAAUGUUCUCUUUCUGUAUUAGCACUUAGACAGAUUUGGUAAUCCCGGUAAUCCAUUACACUUGUUUGAGGUUUUCUUUUUGUCAAACUCAGGUACUUGGGUCAAAGUUUAAGUAACGUGAGGAAGUUAAGACCUUCCUCUCCUAAGAUCCAUUUCAUGUUGAUUGGCAGCUGUGCCAAUUUUAAAGAAUAUUUAUAGCUUUAAUUAUGAGUGAGUUAUUUGAGAGUUUUAUUCAUUAAUAUAGAUGCAGAUUUGGGGAUAUAUCCUCAUUUCUCUAUGUGAUCUUAAUUCUUACCUGGUUGUGAAGUAUUUGUAUUAUUGCCUCAAAUUAGAAAAGAGGAAAAGUGUUCAUUUUUUUAUAAUGUGUGGACUGUAGGGAUUGUUUGUUCAGGAUUAGGUAAUACAUAGUUACCACUUGACAAAAGAGCAAAUAGUUCAUGACAAAUUUACUAGUAGAAUUUAUUUUUUUGUUUUAUCUUUUAAUUUGUUUGUAAUCAACAGAAAGUUCAAAUGCAUGAGAAUUUCCAAACAGUAAGGAUAGUUUGUGUAAAAGCAGUACGAAGGACAAAUGGAAAGGCACAAUGUAAGCAGCAUGAGCGUCAGGAACAAACAAUAUUUUCCAUAAGAUAAACCUAGUCGGAUGAAUUCUACUUAAUUCUCAAGAGUUGCUUGUAUGUCCAAUAAUAUCUCACUUCUCAACAAUUUCUCUUUUUAUGGCACUUUGACUCACUUGAACUGUGAGCAGGCUUCUAUUAACUUUCUCUCUGCAUAAUUAUGUAACCUAUUAACUAGUCCUGGAAGCUUGCCUACCCCUGUAAGUAUUUUUAUAAUGUAUUAUUUGAAGUCUGGCAUAAACAAAUAAUGCGCACAAAUAUUGAAAUAUGUACCGUAUUAACAAUGUACUGUCAUGAACUUAGUUUUGGUUGUUAAGCUUGUGCUUUCUGAAAUUUUUCAGCUCAUUAUUUGUGGUCCAAAAUUUUACAAACUACUGUACUUGAAACCAUUCCGCCAUCCCUUUAUGGUUCAAUCCUCUGCUCAAACAUAAACAUGAGACUUGUUUUUUUUUGUUUUGUUUUUUGGUUGAGUGUACAGUAUGGUGUACAAGCUAAUGUAUUUGUUUUGGGGCGUGGAAAUUUCAUUCCAAAUAUCUAAUCAUUAUACCUUAUUGUAUACCCUUGAAAGUGCCUAACAGGUACUUUUUUUUCUAAAGUCUGGUUUUGUUUAGAAAUGUUAAAAUUUAUCUACUGUCCAGCAAGACCAAUUUUACCUGUGUUUAAUUCACUGCUAAAUGUGUAAUCUUCAUGUAUUCGACAUUGCAUUUCUAUUAACAUUGUCAGCAGCCCCUAGUAAAAAAAUAUGUCUUCACCUGGUUGUUUUUGUCUGUCUCCUAUACUUAAUGUGUCUUGAUAGUUUGGUAUCCAGUUUUAUGAAAGGCUCACUCAGGGCUGAUUCAGAAUUUGUAAUAUCUACCAAAUUAGUGGUGACAUACGAUCACUGAUUAUUUUUGCCGUGUUUGUUUGAACGAUUGGUGUGUUUUUUGUGUUAAUUCUGAAUUUUGCUUGAAAAGUAUUUCAAUCUAAUAUAAAAUACACUAAUAUCAUUACCCUAAUGACUUAGUUGAGCAUUGCAUCUGGGCAUCUGGCAAAAGUUUGUGAUGAAGACUUUGACUGUUUGCUUUGUGAUGCUUAAUUAUGUAAUACAGAUUUUAGUCAAAGUUGGUUUUGUCAACAUGUAUCCAUGACCAAUUUAACAUGAUAGAUGUUGGUUUUCAGUGGGUCUACAAUUAUCUUUAUAUAGCAAUAUGUUAAUUGUUCAAACUAGAGAUGUGAGGACAUGUUAGAUGUCUAAAAGUGUAUGUUGAUUUUUUUUAAAGACUGCAAUUUCAUGUGUCACAUCUCUAGUUUAAAAUAAUUUAUCACCAGUUUUAUUAUAGUUCUAUUGAUAGUUAAAUUACCACACCACAACUAAUGUUUUGUUGGAUUGUUGGUUAUGCUUAAACAAUUGAAUUUGUGCAUUUACACUUGAUUCUUCUCUCUGGUCUUGUCUGGCUUUAUUACAUCAUUCCAGGAGUAGUUUGUUAAGCAUGCCUCUUAUUCCUACUCAUGUAACAUGUCCUCAGAUUUUUAUCCUAACUUGUUAACAAAAAAACAUUAUGUGUUCAGUAUUUUGAGUAUCUACUUCCAUUUUUUCUGCCUGUGUAUAAAUUGACAGAACAUCUAUUUGUGAUUUGUACAAUUGAUCAUUGAUCAACAUUGUUGUAAGUCUGACUAAAUCUAAGCUUUACUCAAAAUUUAGGUAAAGACAAUUAAAAAUUUGUGGGGAAAGAUGAGGUGCUAAGCUUGUGGGGCUUCCGCAGUGCACAUAAAUCCAGCAUUGUAUAUUUUUUAGCAUGUGAAAGAUGAGCAGGCCUAGUCCUGAUUCUCGGUGUGAGCUCUUCCAAGGAUGGAAUGUUGAGUUUGAAUUUACUAAGAAAAUCUAUGUUAGAGACUAUAUCUUUUAAUUUGACAAAGCACUACACAAUGAUGUCGUUAACAGGCUUCCAGAUACAAAUUGUCAAAAUAAAUCUACUUAUCAAAUACA